AGUUGCACAGCAAAAAAGACCUCAUAUUCUGUAAUAAGUUUCAACUGCUUUCUGAGCUAGCUAGAGUUAAAGAGUGUGUUUUGUGAGAAAAUGGCAAAGGCAAUUCGAUUCUUUGAGUUAAACACAGGGGCCAAGAUGCCUUCAGUUGGGUUGGGGACAUGGCAGGCCGGCCCUGGUGUCGUAGGCAGUGCUGUCACCACCGCCGUUCAGGUUGGAUAUCGGCACAUUGAUUGUGCUCAACUUUACUACAAUGAGAAGGAGAUAGGGUCAGCUUUAAAGAAGCUGUUUGAUGAUGGUCUAGUCAAGCGUGAGGACUUAUGGAUCACCUCCAAACUCUGGUGUACUGAUCACCUGCCAGAAGACGUACCAAAGGCAUUAGAUAAAACUUUGCAGGACCUGCAACUUGACUAUGUGGAUCUGUAUCUAAUGCACUGGCCAAUUAGCAUGAAAAAGGGAUCCACUGGCUUCAAACAUGAAAAUCUUACACAAACUGACAUACCCAGUACAUGGAAAGCAAUGGAGGCACUCUAUGAUUCUGGCAAGGCUCGAGCUAUUGGAGUAAGCAAUUUCUCUUCAAAGAAGCUUGGGGAUCUGUUGGAGAUUGCACGCGUGCCUCCAGCUGUUAACCAAGUGGAGUGCCACCCUAUUUGGCAGCAGCCAAAACUACAUGCAUUUUGUAAAUCUAAAGGAGUUCACUUGUCUGGGUAUUCACCAUUGGGUUCCCCUGGUAUGGGAUUUAUCAAGAACGAGGUCCUUAAGAAUUCAAUUCUCCUUACAAUUGCAGAGAAAUUGGGGAAAACUUCUGCACAGGUGGCUCUUCGUUGGGGGCUGCAGACAGGUCACAGUGUACUGCCUAAGAGCACAAGCAAGGCAAGGAUCAAAGAAAAUUUUGAUGUUUUAGACUGGUCUAUACCUGAAGAUUUGUUUGCAAAACUUUCUGAAAUUGAGCAGGAGAGGCUAAUUAAGGGUACUGCAUUUGUUCACGAAACCCUUGGUGACUACAAGACAAUUGAAGAACUCUGGGAUGGCGAAUUGUGAGCAAGCAUCAGAUGUUAAUUGCAGGCAUCGUGAAGUAAAUUUCCUUUUAUCCAGUUUGAUCCAAAGUACUUGAUUUUCAAUGCUUUCUAACUGGUGUUGACCAUAGUCUGGGACCAAAUUGUUUCUGCUAGAUAAACUUUGAAGUUAAUAAAAGAGCAUUUGCUGAGCAUAUCAGUUUGAGAGAUGCUAAAGCAACCCUAAUAAAACAUUAGAACUCUAAACUGUACUUUUUACGUCUAAAUCACUUUUAAGUUAAACUAAUAAAAUAGUCCAAUUGUACUUUCUGCUGGAUAAACUUUGAAGUUAAUAAAAGAGCAUUUGCUGAGCAUAUCAGUUUGAGAA